AUGGCAGAAGAAAGCAUCGAAGUGGGGGUCCCCGGAUUCUCGUACGUCGAGGCAUUGGCGGGAGGAACGAGGCCCCUCACAGACCCUUCGAACCCUGUCGUCUUCAUUGAUGUGGCUGUCGGCUCCCAUGCGAUGGGACGCAUCAAAAUCGAGCUGUUCAAGCAUCUUAUGCCAAAAUGCGCAGAAAACUUCAGACAAUUUUGCACAGGCGAAUUCAAGAUGAACUCUGUCCCCGUCGGGUACAAAAACGUCCAUUUUCAUAGAGUCCUCAAAGGAUUUAUGGUCCACGGAGGCGACUUUGUUAAGGGAGAUGGGAGCGGAAGUUUGAGUAUAUACGGCAGUAGCUUUCCACUAGAGUCCCCUGCCAUGACGGAGGCCGUUCAAGGCUUAAGCGGUGCUGCGGCAACUGCAGCAGCGGCUAAGGCAAUUGCUGCGGGCUGUGUGCCGCACUUCCGGGCUGGCCUUGUGUGCAUGGCGAACAGUGCUGCCGCCAGCAGCAAACAGCAGCAGCAGCAGCCGCAACAGCAACAAAGGAGUGGCACUAACGGCUGUCAGUUCUUCAUCACCUGCGGUCCUUGUCUGUGGCUCGAUGGCCGCAACGACGUCUUCGGCCAGGUUAUUGGCAGAGAUUCGUACCAGGUGUUACGAAAGAUUGAGCACGUCUCUACGGACGCGCAAGGCAAGCCGCGGGUUGAUAUUACUAUCACCGAGUGCGGCGAACUGUAG